UCCUUUCGAGACUCAUUGUUUUCAUAUGCAGCCAAAAUGGCUUCCGCCGGCAGAGGUGGACAAUCCCCAUUGUCUGGGGAACUUGGUUCCCGUCCAGUGAUGGGAGGGCAGGUACAAACAUCCACUGGAGAAAUGGGGAGGCCCAAUAAUUUGCAGCGCAUUGCACAGAAGAAAGCACAAGUCAGAAAUUACCCUCGCAACAAAAAAUUGGAGAAGUUAGCAGUGUAUUCUUCGUGCAAGUCUGAAGGGUGUAAGUGCAAUGGCUGGAAGAACCCAAACCCUCCUCCCACACCAUCAACGGUGGAUGUAUCUCAGCCACUGGCCAGUCUGACUGACCCCUGCAGAAGCUGUGGUCACACUUUAGGUUGCCAUGUGUCUCAUCUAGAAACAGUAGUAGAGGAAGAAUUAAACCGUCUUCUUGGGAUUGUUGUAGAUGUAGAGAAUCUUUUCAUGUGUGUCCACAAAGAAGAAGAUGCAGACACAAAACAAGUUUAUUUCUAUUUAUUCAAGCUUCUGCGAAAAUGCAUAUUGAAUAUGAGUAAACCAUCUGUGGAAGGUCCUUUAGGAAACCCACCCUUUGAAAAACCCAGUAUUGCCAAGGGUGUAACAAACUUUGUAGUUUACAAAUUUGGCCACCUUGCACAGAAAGAAUGGCAGACUAUGUAUGAUCUGGCUAAGAUGUUCCUUCACUGCUUGAACCACUGGAAGUUAGAGACACCAACAGCACGCAAACAGAACUCUCAAACAGAUGAUCUGUCUGCGUACAAAGUGAAUUAUACAAGAUGGUUAUGCUAUUGCCAUGUGCCAGCGUUCUGUGACAGUCUUCCACGCUAUGAGACGACACUGAUAUUUGGCCGCACACUGCUGCGCUCAGUAUUCCAGACAAUGAGGAGACAGCUGCUGGACAAGUUCAGAGCUGAGAAGGAUAAGAUGCCACCGGAGAAAAGAACACUGGUGCUGACACAUUUUCCAAGGUUUCUGUCCAUGUUAGAAGAAGAGGUGUAUGGUGCUGCCUCUCCUAUCUGGGAUCCUGAAUUUACACACAAACCUGCCAAUAUUUCCAACUCGCCACCUGCCACACCCACAGAUGUGUCAUCUCCCAUCGUAACAUCCCCGUCUGGUGCCGGUGUGAGUGGCUUGGCAAGGUUCCAGACUUCUGGAGUGACCACGUCCACAGCGUCCAGUCUAGAGGGGUUUACGCAGAUCAAUGUUAGUCCUGGACUCAUUAGUGGAGCGCGGAGGACGUCUAAGAGCAAAGAUACAGCAGAGAAAAGAAAACUGGAGGACGUGCCAGUCCUAGAAGAGUCCAAGAGAAGACGGAUCGAUGGUGAUGUUCCAAUGGAGCUGGUCAACCAAGUCAUUGCAACUAUCUCAGACCCAGAUCUUAUGUUAGGGCCAGAGACCACAGCCUUCACGGCCCACUCGGCCAGAGAUGAGGCAGCCAGGAUAGAAGAGAAGAAGGGAACCAUUGAGUUUCAUGUGGUGGGGAACUCUCUCAGUCACAAGCCCUCCAGACAAACCCUGCUCUGGUUGAUAGGCAUGCAGAAUGUUUUCUCCCACCAGCUGCCCCGGAUGCCCAAGGAGUACAUCACUAGGCUGGUGUUUGACCCUAAACACAAGUGUCUUGCCCUAGUGAAGGACGGUAGGGUGAUAGGUGGAAUCUGUUUCCGUAUGUUCCCAAUGCAAGGGUUCACUGAGAUUGUCUUCUGUGCUGUCACUUCUAAUGAACAGGUCAAGGGUUAUGGUACACAUCUAAUGAAUCACUUAAAAGACUACCACAUUCGACACAAUGUUCUGCAUUUUCUCACAUUUGCUGAUGAAUUUGCAAUAGGUUACUUCAAGAAACAGGGCUUUUCCAAAGACAUCAAGCUCCCAAAGACGGCCUAUGCUGGUUAUAUCAAGGACUAUGAGGGAGCAACACUGAUGGGGUGUGAACUUAACCCCAAGAUACAGUACACACAGUUCUCUCAUGUUAUCAAGAGACAGAAGGAGGUUGUCAAGAAGCUAAUUGAAAAGAAACAAGAAGAGGUACAGAAAAUAUUUGCUGGUUUAAAAUGUUUCAAAGAUGGUGUCCGUCAGAUUCCCAUUGAAAGCAUUCCUGGGGUGCGUGAAGCAGGGUGGAAACCUACCAUGGACCCAGAUUAUGGUAAAACUCCCAUGGAUCAGGAACAGCUGUAUGGAAUUCUCAAGUCAGUUUUGCAACAAAUUAAGAGUCAUCCAAAUUCUUGGCCUUUUCUAAAACCUGUUGACAAGAGUGACGCACCGGACUACUAUGAUCAUAUAAAAUACCCAAUGGAUCUGAAAACAAUGAGUGACAGACUGCGUUGCCGCUACUACUGUCACAAAAGACUUUUUAUAGCAGAUCUGACCAGAAUCUUCACAAACUGUCGCACAUACAACAGUCCAGACACCGAGUACUACAAAUGUGCUAACAAUUUAGAGAGAUUUUUUCAAAGUAAAAUGAAGGAAGUGGGGCUGUGGGAAAAAUGAAAACUUAAUUUUUUUUCCUUAAGGAAGAAAAAGAAAUCAUUAUGAUGACUAGUGACUACAGGUGCAAUAGAAUUUUUUUAUUCAUAUUUUGUAUUUUAAUUUCUAAUAAGAAAUGCAUUUUCUGAAAAUGCGAAACUCUUUAGCGAAUAGGAUUGGAUAAUGAAAUAAAUUGGAAAUUUGCAAGACUGGGACUAAAAUCAUCCCUUACUUCUGUAAUAUGUAAUGUCACAUAUUUUGAUAGGAAAAUAGCCAUAUUUGUUUGAUAAUGUUUUCUGCAUAGCAGACAGAAAUUAUAUCUGGAAUACCAUUGUCAAUAAUGCUAUCUAGAUAAAAAAAAAA